AUGAAGACCAUCAGCAUAUUCUCAAGGCCUGCCGCUGUUACCCUGUCUACUGACAUGCAUUAUGACUUCUGCAAGUUAAAACCGCUGUCCCCUAAGGAGGCUCAAGAAGAAGACCUCCUGCUAGAGUCUAUUACUUGGCCUGAAACGCCACCUUUAUCAUUUCCUCUUUCCCUGGAAAAGACCAGUGAUCCAGACCACAGCACCUUUACCAUUCUUCCAAAGAGGGGAGGGGGCCAGUGGCGAAUAGGAGAUAAGCUGGAGGUUAUGAUUAACAUGAAGGACUUUCAGGGCCGUCCAAAAAAGUUUGGAGGAGACGUUUUACUUGCCCGGCUGCACAGCCCAACUAUCGGUGCGGGUGUUGCAGGAGAAGUGGUGGAUCAUCUCAAUGGCUCCUACACAGCUGUAUUCUUUUUACUCUGGAAAGGAAGUGCACAAGUCCAGGUGACACUGGUUCACCCCAGUGAGGCAGUCAUGGAGCUGCGCAGGCUGAACAGAGAACACCCUGACAGGAUUUUCUUUAAGAGCGUCUUCCAGUCAGGCUCAGUCACUGAAACUACCACCUGUAACAUAUGUUUGCGUCCAACCCAGAAGUCUCUGUGCAACUACACUGACCUCCAUACAGGCGAGCCCUGGUUCUGCUACAAGCCAGAUAACCUGAGUUGUGAUGCCAGAAUGAAUUACUUCAAUGGAGGAUAUCAACAAAGCAUCACAACCAUGGAGAAGCUUUUUAAGAGUGGCGUCAACUUGAAAGUCUCCAUUCGAGCUUCAGGACCUGCAGGUGUCACCAUUUUUCCAAGAAUGAAAGAGGAGAAGAGCAGUGAGGAGUCUGGACCCUCGGGCUAUUACUACCAAGAUGUUUGGCGAGGACUAGGUGGCACAAAAAUUCGUCAGUUCAACACUUCCUCGGCCAUCACUCAGUGCCUGAAAGGCAAGGUGAUUCAUAUGUAUGGAGACUCCACCAUUAGGCAGUGGUUUGAACACCUUACAGCAACACUACCAGAUCUCAAGGAGUUUGACCUGAAUAGUGAGAAACAAGCUGGACCUUUCAUGGCCCUGAACUUUACACACAACAUCAUGGUGAAGUACCGCUGCCAUGGUCCUCCUCUCCGGAGCACUACUGUCCCAGCCAUUGAGAUGCAUUAUAUUGCCAACGAGUUAGACAACAUGGUUGGAGGCAGCAAAACCGUUGUAGUACUUGGAAUCUGGGCACACUUUGCCACUUUUCCCUUGGAGUUCUACAUCCGGCGGAUGUUGUCCAUCCGCAGGGCAGUGGUGCGGCUGCUGUCCAGGGCUCCAGACACACUGGUGGUUAUUCGGACCGGAAACCCCAAAUCUUUAACAUGUUUCCUUCACUCAUCUACUAACAGUGACUGGUACACGCUGCAGCAACUCAAAGUGCUCAAGGCCAUAUUCAAAGGACUGAAUGUCCAUCUGGUGAAUGCCUGGGAGAUGGUCAUUGCCCACCACCUGCCCCAAGAACUCCACCCACAACCUCCCAUUAUUAAGAACAUGAUUAAUGUUCUCCUGUCAUACAUAUGCUACGUAAGACCAGAGUCAUGA